AUGAAGUUUGAUUAUGAUCUUUUCAUGGAAAUUCUUUGCCUUUUACCUGUUGAGACUCUCCUACGUUUCAGAUGUUUGUCAAAAACAUGUCGCUUCUGUAUUGACACACCAGAAUUCAUCAAUCUUCAUCUUAAUCGAUCUAUCAAAACCAACACCAAUCGCAACAUCAUUAUUCAUGAACUUGAGCCAAAGGGUUCCAUCUAUAUGAUCAACUUAGACUCAUUAAAAUCAGAUAGAUGCCCUGUGGAGCUUCACAUGCACCGGCAUGGAAGUGAUCUCCAGUUUUACGGAGAUGUUGUUGGUUCUUGCAAUGGGUUGCUUCCUGUGUAUAAUGGUGAGGGCAUGGUCUUGUGGAAUCCAGCAACAAGGAAGCACAAAACUUUACCUAGAUUUUGGGGUCACUGCUAUGGUGAUUACAAAAUGCUUCUUGGAUUUGGCUACGAUGCUAUCAACGACGACUACAAGGUGAUCGUUAUGAUUCAACACUACAUGGAAAACAAUAUAAGAGUUCUGGUUUACAGUUUGAAACUUAAUUCUUUGACAAGGGUAGAAAAUCUCCUUGGUUAUUCUAUUAUUCGAACAUUUAGGAUAAAUGCAGACUCAUAUAAUAAGUUGGGCGGUGUUCUUGUCGGUGGGUCACUGCAUUGGGUGGUUAAUCUCAAAGGAAAUAUUGAAGAUAGAGUGAUUCUUGCAUUUGGUGUUGUGGACGAGAAGUUGUCUGAGCUGCCAAAACCUGAAAUGGAGAGUGGAGAUAUUUCCUUAUAUGUGGAGGAAAUUGGAGGAAGACUCCUUAUAUGUCGUUGGUACACCAAUUUCAUACUGUGCUCUUGA